AUGAAUGAGGGUACACUGACAGCAAGGACGAUGGUGCGUCCACGGGAAAUAGUUCCUGUUAGGUUGAUGAACGUCAGUGAGGAGUCUAAGGUAUUGCAUACAGGAACAGUUGUAGGACAGCUGACAGAGAUUGGGGAAAUACAGAAGAAGCCUUUGUCUGGUGACAAAUUACCAUUUAAAGAGCUACGCAAGGAUCUUGCUGAUUUGCUCCGAAAAUCAGAAUGCGAGUUGACUCCAGAACAAAGACAGAAAGCAAAGGAGUUUCUUAUUAAAUACACAAGUCUGUUUGCAGAGAACAAUUUUGACUUUGGUCGAACAGGCAUAGUCAAACAUCACAUUGAAACGGGUGACAGCAGACCCAUUAAACAACUGUUUUACAAAUGA